UUCAGUACACGGCUUCCAAGAGACAAGUGCUCCAAAGUGAAGAAUUAAACACAAUAUGGCGUUUAUGAAUAAAAGUGCAUUAGUUACGGGAGGAGCUGGUACAAUUGGUGGAACUAUUUGUGAGGAGCUUCUUAAGAAUGGUGUAACUAAUCUCGCAAUUGUGGAUAUAAUCGCCCAGGAGCCUGCAGUUGUGACUAAAUGGAGGAAAACCUUCUCAAAAGCUUCAAUUUGUUACUUUCAAGUGGAUGUGACCGCACAGAAGCAACUAAAGAAGUGCUAUGCAGAUUUCACGAAGAGCAUUCCGAGCCUUGAUCUUGUGCUCAAUUGCGCGGGAAUUAUGGAAGAGGAGAACUUCAGGAAAACCAUUGAAACAAAUCUUUUAGGCGUCAUUGCAUCAACUAUGCUCGCGAUGGAGUACAUGAGGAAGGACAAAGGUCACGGGAAAGGUGGAAUAAUUCUCAAUAUUGCUUCCAUCGCUGGAUUGUGGCCAAUGAGCAUUCUUCCAUUUUACUGUGCUGCAAAGCAUGGCGUUGUUGCCUUCACGCGAUCCCUGAGUCACGAUCGGGAAUAUCUUGGAAUUAAAUUCAUCGUCCUGUGUCCAGCUAGCACACAAUCACCGCUCUAUGACAAAUUGAAGGACGGAUCAGGCUUCUUUAUGGCGACUCAAGAGAAACUUAAUGCUGUCGGUGUUGAGCAUCCUGCCCAAAGUCCCACGGAAUUGGUCAGAGAAAUAAUGAAAAUUAUUCAAGAAGCCAAGAGUGGAAGUGUCUGGGUUGUAGAUCAAGGAAAGCCAACAAACAUCGAUUUACCUGCAAUUGAAUUUUAAUUAUUCUUUUUAGAAAAAUGACUUUUUGUAGUAGGUAAAUAUUCUGACAUAUUCUGUAUAGUCUUUGUUAGAUCCAUUGAAAUUUAAAUAAAAAAUAUUGAUUUUCUUCAAAUUAU